AGAGCAGGCAAUAUGAGACCAGAACCAGUACAAAUAAAAGCGAUCAAGAAGGCUUUGCAAAAUUCCGUGGCCCCGGCCGGCGAGCCGCCUAUAAAACCCCAUCUGCGGACUGCGAGGAGCAUCAGUACCUUCGAGUCAUCUCACCAACUACCAUUCAACAUUCAAAAUGAAAACCUUCUUGUGCGUAGUCCUCCUCGCCGCCGCCGUCCUGGCCGACCCUGCUCCCUCUGAGAGUGAAAACAAGAGGGAGAAACGUGGAUACGGCGGACUAGGCACCGGACUCGGCCUCGGCUAUGGACUCGGGUACCCCGGACUCUACGGCGCAGGACUCUACGGUCACGGACUCGGCUAUAGCGGACUCGGUUAUGGCGGACUCGGUUAUGGCGGACUCGGCUACGGCGGACUCGGGUACGGCGGUCUCGGCUACGGGUACGGAGCCGGGUACGGCUACGGAGGUCUGAUCCCCGGCGCCCCCCUCCUCCACGCUCCUGUGGUCGCAGCCCCCACCGUGGUCGUUAAGAAAGUUGAAGUACCAAAGAAGGUAGUAGCUGUCCCGCAGCCCAUCCCAGUGCCCCACCCCGUGCCGGUCGCUCACCCCCUGGCGUACGCGCCCGCCCUCUGGUGAUCUCAGCGCGUGAUGCUUUAACCAAAUCUAUAGAAAU